CAACGAAAAUGCGGGCGCGAUACGUCGUGGCAGUACUGACUAGCUUAUUAGUGGUCACGGACGAGGCGCCGCAAGACGUCAGGCACAAAAACCACGAGGAACAUCCGCGGGAAGCUUACUUCAACGGCUCGGCGUUCCUGAAGCUGAGCUCGUUCGUCUCGGUGCACCGGCACAGCGGUCUGAGCUUUCGUACGUGCGAUGGCGGCCGACUUUUCACCCAGAAAUACAACGACGACUCGAUCAGCCUCGACGUGACCCCGGAGGGGCUGGUCUUCGUGGCCAUCGUCGACCAGCAACGUUACAAGGCGCGACUGAACUCCAGGCUGCUGAACAACGCCUGGCAGAACGUGAAUCUGUUCUUCAGGCUCGGGAACUUGACUCUGAACGCGGCUGGUCACACGCAGGUAAUAGCUAACGCGACCUACAAUGCGGCAGUUCUUACCCUGCCCGACUACGACAUGAAUGGAUCUCUCAUCGUGGGAGAAGGAUUCAGGGGAUGUAUCCUCCAAGGUCCUGGCUUUCUUUUUAACGACACUAUCAACAAUGGAGCCGUCUUCGGUCCCUGUCCCGCGGAAAAUAAAGGAUGUGGUACCAGCGGACUCGGAGGUGGUGUAGGACCGAGCGCGAUCACCACCAUGGAUUUCUGCCAUCACGAGCCAUGCAUGAUGCAUGGCAAGUGCGUGUCACGGCAGGAUCGUUACGAGUGCCACUGUUACGCCCGAUAUUCCGGCAACAACUGUCAAAUUGACAAUGGUCCGCCGUGUUUGAACAACCCGUGCCGAAACGGCGGCACCUGCAACGAGGAUCAGAAAGGGGACUUCAGUUGCGCGUGCAAACCCGGGUUCACCGGGAGCUUCUGCGAGUCGCAGCUAGGCGUGCGUCUCUGCGAGCAGAACCCGUGCAGGAACGAUGGUGUUUGCCUGGCAUUGACCGACAGCGAGUACAAAUGCGACUGCCUACCUGGAUGGACGGGGAAGAACUGCGAGACCAAUAUCAACGAGUGCUCCUCGAAUCCUUGUAGAAACGGCGGUGCUUGCAUCGACGGAAUCAACAACUACACCUGCCUCUGCGAUAGGACAGGAUACGAGGGUCUGAACUGUGAGAUCGACAUCGACGAGUGUCUGGCGAAUCCCUGUCUGAACAACGGGAUCUGCUACGACAACUACGGCGGCUACAUCUGUCACUGUCCGUACGGUUUCGAGGGUCAGAACUGCGAGUUGAAUCUGAACGAGUGCCUGUCGCAUCCGUGCAUGCACGGCGGCGAUUGCGUCGACGACGUCGGCUCCUAUCACUGCAAUUGCCCGACUGGAUACGCUGGCAGGCACUGCGACCUCAGGAGCCUCUGCGAGAACGCCGCCUGUCCGCAGAACAGUAUCUGCGUGGAGGAUGCACACGGGCCCCAGUGCGUUUGUAAUCCUGGCUUUAUGGGCAAUCCACCGAACUGCACUGUCAAUUAUUGCGCAAGUAAUCCAUGCGUCAACGGUGGCACCUGCACCAGCAACAAGGACGGGUAUAAUUGUACUUGCCCGCCUGAAUGGAAGGGAGCGACAUGCCUCUCGGCCGCAUCGGAAUGGUGUUCCGCCUGUUACAACGGCGGCAGUUGCCUCGAGAUCCGUUUCGGUAUCAUGUGUCAAUGCCCGCGAUUCUGGACCGGGCCCCAGUGCAAGGAACCGAUCACCUGUCGCGAUCUACCGUGCAAACAAGCUUCCGCUUGCCACGAUUAUCCGGGCGGCUAUUAUUGCACCUGCGAACCAGGAUGGACAGGCCCGGAGUGCUCCCUGGACGUGGACGAGUGCUCCAGCGAUCCGUGCCGCAACGCUGGCAUCUGCAUCGAUCAACUGAAUGGCUACUACUGUCAAUGUCUUCCGGGAUACACUGGAAAGAACUGUCAGAUCAACGUCGACGAGUGCCUGUCGCAGCCCUGUCAAAAUGGCGGCACGUGCAUCGACCGGAUCAACGGUUACACCUGCAACUGCACGAAGGACUACAUGGACGAGAAUUGCGAGCGUGAAUACAACGCGUGCGCCCUGAAUCCUUGCCAGAACAACGGUAACUGCACGCUGAUGUCUAGAUCGCGACGGGAAUUCGUCUGCGAGUGUCCGCCCGGCUUCGAGGGCAAGAUCUGCGACAUAAACGUAGACGAUUGCGUCGACGUGAUAUGCCCGGAUGGGAAGAUCUGCGUCGACGGAAUCGCUGGUUACGAAUGCAAGUGCCACGAGGGCUACAGGGACCCAAAUUGCACCCUGAUCGUUGACCAUUGCGCGGCGAAACCGUGCAACAACGGCACCUGCAUCGAUCUCGGAGAACGUGGUUUCGAAUGCAACUGCAAGGACGGCUUUCAAGGAGAGCUCUGCGAGGACGAUGUGAACGAAUGCGAGGUGAAAGGCAGCUCGCUGUGCAACAACGGUAUCUGCGUGAACAGGGACGGCAGCUACAACUGCUUCUGCACGCCAGGCUUCUCCGGUGACCAUUGCGAUAUCAACAUCGACGAGUGCCUGUGCGGACCCUGCAAGAACAACGCGACCUGCAUCGACGGUAUCAACACGUUCGAGUGUCAAUGCCCGCCCGGCUACUCCGGCAAGACCUGCGACGUGGACGUGAACGAGUGCGAGAGUAAUCCCUGCCUGAAUGGCGCGAUCUGCGUCGACGAGAUCGCCAGCUACGCGUGCACCUGUUCGCCCGGCUUCAGCGGAAUUAAUUGCGAGGUUAACAUCGACGACUGCGAGUCCUCGCCAUGCUUAAAUCACGGCCGGUGCAUCGACGGUAUAAACAAUUACACGUGCGACUGCAGCGACACCGGGUUCGAAGGUGCCCGCUGCGAGAAGAACAUCGACGACUGCCGCUCGGAGCCGUGCACGAACGGCGCUCUAUGUAUAGACGAUAUCAAAAACUACAAGUGUCAAUGUUACGCCGGCUAUACUGGCAAAAAUUGCGAGGUUGAUGUAAACGAAUGCGAAAGCUCGCCUUGCCAAUACAAUGGCACUUGUCUCGAGCGAUCGAACAGGGAAUUGUACAAGAGCGACGCGUUGAUGUUACCUUUGAUCUUCAAUCAGGAAUUCAGCUAUGCAAACGCGAGCGGUUACGAGUGUCUCUGCGUGCAAGGCGUGACAGGGAAAAAUUGCGAGGUGAACAUCAACGAGUGCGAUAGCAGUCCUUGUCAGGCCGGUACCUGCGUGGAUCGUAUCGGUGGGUACACCUGCGAGUGCGACGAGGGUUACGAGGGCGAUCAUUGUCAGCAUGAUAUCGACGAGUGCAAACGGUACACGCCCUGCGAGCACGGUGCCUGUACGGAUGGCAGAGCCGACUACACGUGCACUUGCGAACCAGAGUACGGCGGAAAGAAUUGUUCGGUGGAGCUGAUUGGUUGUCAAGGGAACGCGUGUCAAAACGGCGGCACGUGCUGGCCGUAUCUCGUCGACGAGACAAUACAUAAAUUCAACUGCACCUGUCCGAAUGGGUACCACGGGGAAAUCUGCGAUUACGAGAAGGUAACAACGAUGUCCUUGAGCGGCAGUUCGUAUGUCCUGGUGAACACCAGCCGUGACGAAGGCUACGACAUACAGUUCCGUUUUCGUACGACCCUGCCGAACGGGUUGCUCGCUAUCGGAAAAGGAUCGACGUUCUAUAUUCUGGAGCUUGUCGACGGCAAAUUGAAUCUGCACUCGAGCCUCUUGAACAAGUGGGAGGGGGUGUUCAUCGGUGGCGAUCUGAACGAUUCCACUUGGCAAAAAGUGUUCGUCGCGAUCAACACCACUCAUUUGGUGCUCUCGGCUAACGAGGAACAGACGAUUUAUCCGAUCAGCCUGAACGAGGGCUCGAAUUCCAAUCAUACGUCAUUUCCGAUGACCUACGUCGGCGGCACUACCAACUACCUACGACGAUUAACCCACGGUCCAUCUUUCUUUGUGGGAUGCACCGAGGACGUUGUAAUUAAUGGCGAAUGGGUAUAUUCCGGCACGUCGUCGAAAACUGUGUACAUGGAAGACGUUGAACCGGGUUGCCCUCGGGAGGCGCAAUGUUCACCGAAUCCCUGUAAAAAUGGUGGACACUGUACGGACCGUUGGCGUGAUUUCUCCUGCAAAUGCGAGCGACCAUAUCUAGGUCACACCUGUCAAUACAAUAUGACGGCGGCCACAUUCGGAUACGAGAACAUCACGAACGGAUACGUGACAGUGAAGGUGACCGAUAUGGCGCGAAGCGCGGUCAGAUCGAUCGUCGACAUUUCUAUGUUCAUCCGCACGAGACAAGACAGAGGUGACAUAUUUUAUCUGGGCUCGGAGCCGAGCUCGCAGACAGAUUACAAGCCUCAGGAGAAAACGUAUAUAGCCGCUCAGCUGGAGGGCGGUGAAUUACUCGUUCGGAUUCAAUUCAACGGCAUAGAGGCCUACACGGUCGGUGGAGUGAAACUUAACGACGGUAACAACCACCUGAUACAGGUGAUCAGAAACGUGACGUUGGUUCAAGUGAAGAUAAAUGGAACUGAAUAUUUCCGUAAGACUAUCAGCGCUACCGGUCAAUUGAACGUGACCGUUCUGUACUUGGGAGGUCUACCACAGGCGUCCAGGUACAUACGUCAAGUCGACAAUCGGCAGAUAGAAGUGCCGCAAGCCUCGCAGGUGAACUUCAAGGGAAUCAUUCAGGAUGUCCAGAUAUCGAACGGCGUCGAGACCAUGGUCGUUGAAUUCUUCCCUCUGAAGGCAAAUGAUAUUCCCACCCCGAUACAAUUCGGCAACGUCACCUUCGAAUACGACAAAGUCCUGAAGGGCGUAGUCUCGGAUGACGUAUGCGUCAGCAAUCCGUGCAAUCACAACGGUACCUGUCACGUGACAUGGAACGACUUCUGGUGCCAGUGCCCGCGGGGAUAUACCGGCAAGACCUGUCAGGAAAUGGAAUUCUGUCAACUGCAAGAUUGUCCAGCCGGGUCGAAGUGCCAGAAUCUAGACGACGGCUACGAGUGCAUCGCUAACGCUACAUUCGACGGCGUGACCACAUCAUUCACCUACGUUUACAAUCAGGUGGAGGAGAAGAAUGUGACAGACUCGACGAUCGACACGAUCCAGAUCACCUAUCGAUCGAACACCGGCGGUACACUGAUGCAUAUUGCACCUCGAAUCGGCGAUCAACAUUUCACCGUUUCCGUUUACAAGGACAAAGUCACCGUAUCCUGGCGGCUCGACAUGCAGAAUCAGGGUACGCUGGCAUUCGGCAAGGUCGAAGCUGACGGCAACUGGACCUCUAUAAUUUUGAGGUUGAACAACAACUCGAUGGAGUGCGAGUAUGCGAACGCGAACGAGGAUGCUGCCUCGCAUGUUAGCUCGAAUUUCAAUUUCGCUUUGUGGUACGAUCUACUGGUCACCGGCACGGUCACCCUUGGCGGGCUUGGCUCGAAUUUGUCCGAUCGACACAGCUACGUGACAAUCGGUUCUAGUAAACAAAUGCUGGAAAAUAGAAGCGGUAUUCAAGAUAACUCGAUAGACUUUAACGAACGUGUGCUGACCACCGUUUCGCCGCCUCAUAACGUGAUGUCAGGCGAAGCUUUCAAAGGAUGUUUGGGCGAAGUACGAAUAGGCAGCAUGCUGUUACAUUAUUUCACGUACGAAGAGGUCUACCAAAACGCCAACUUCACGCCGUUGGAAUAUCUGGCGAUGCAAGAGAAUAACUCGACGCAUCAUGACAGUAUUGGUUGCCAGCUUUGCUUCGACACGGACUGCAAGAACGGCGGUUCCUGCCUCGAUAUAGCGAGCAGUUACGUUUGCGAAUGUCCCGCCGGUUACACGGAGGACGAUUGUUCCUUCAACAUCGACGAAUGCAUCGACAACAAGUGUGAAAACGAAGCGACGUGUAUAGAUGGGAUAGCUAAUUACACAUGCGUGUGUAACAGCGGAUGGCAAGGAUGGCUAUGCGACAGCGACAUAAACGAGUGCGUGACGCUCAGCCCUUGCCAGCACGACGGUGUGUGCGUGAAUCUUCCCGGUUAUUUCCGGUGCGAGUGCCCGGACCAAUUCACCGGCGAACUGUGCCAGAACUUUCGAUUGAUCACCUGCGAGAACGAGCCCUGCAAAAACGGCGUUUGCACGGAUGUGGUGAACACUCAGACCGGCGACAAUUUCACCUGUACCUGCAUGACCGGCUACGAAGGCUCGGUCUGUAAUGUUCCUUAUUGCAUCGGGCGAAAGUGUCAGAACGGUGGCAGAUGCGAUUUCUUGUAUCAGACACCUAAGUGUACAUGUCCACCUGGUUACUCCGGACUUUAUUGCGAAAUUAAUAUCGACGACUGCGCGCCCGAUGCUGAGGGAAACGUUCCCUGCAAGAACGACGGGAAAUGUUACGACGGCGUAAACAACUUCACCUGCGACUGCACCGAUACUGGCUACACGGGGCCAGAUUGUGCUUACGAUAUAGACGAAUGCGAGGAUCCAACUACGGAUUGCGGCCACGGACGCUGUGAAAAUUUACCAGGAACUUAUCAAUGCAUUUGCGACACGGGUUAUUGUGGAUACAAUUGUGGAAUGAUGGAUCCGUGCAAAGAGGAUUAUUGCCAAAAUGGCGGUACGUGCAAAUGCGGAGAUGACGGCGGAUACAGGUGUCAGUGUACUCCAGAAUACACCGGACAAAAUUGCACAGAGACGGAGAACUUUUUGGGAAGCCAAGCGCUCGAUAUAGCUGUGAUCGUUGGUCCUAUUGUCGGGUGUCUCUUUCUAAUCGCGGCGGGUUCUUUGAUCGCCUUGUUUAUGAUGGCCAGGAAGAAACGAGCGACCCGUGGAACGUACAGUCCCAGCGCUCAAGAGUUCAGUAAUCCCCGUGUCGAGAUGGACAACGUGAUGAAGCCGCCGCCGGAAGAGAGAUUAAUUUAAAAUUUCUCGUGCUGGAGGAACCACGGUACCGUAUAUGUCCCGUGUCCGCGAAUCCUAGUCGUUUGAAAGAAAAACAAAAAAGAAAGAAAACAUGCAACAUAUGCCGCGGUACUCGUCGACGAUUGAAGAGAACGAACUCGAAGGACCGCUUUGGAACGGCAGGUUAAAAAUUACAAGGUUUCAUCGCGUUUUCUAGUCCACGUCCCGUAUCACGGUAUUAUGAAAUUGACCUAAGAAAUUAAGUGAACAAUAUAUGCCAGAUACGAAAAACCGAAUUUUGAAGAGCGACGCUAAAAACGAACCAACGUUAGAGAGCUGUUUCAAUAGCGAUUUCGAGUGUGUCGGUUGAG